AAGUUCUUGUCAGGUUGAAGACUUCAACCGCCCUUUGAUCGUUAUUUUAAUUUUUGUUUAGUCUAUCAAUUGGUUAUAUCAAUAUAAAUGCAUAAAUUGUGAAGGUUGAAUGUAAAAUAUACAUAGUUUUACUUUUAAAUGUGGCAAAAAUAAUUAAAUAGUGACUAACAUUGGUGAAUAUGAGUUCCGAAAGCUCCGACCCGGGUGCAAAUAUAGCACUUUCAUUAGUGGCUCAGUUUGAUGAAAUAAAUCGUAUUAAUAACGUUCUGAAUGACAGUUCGACUGAAGAAUGUUUCCUAGCAUUUCUAAAACAAAUGGAAUGGGUGCGCAGUCAGUGGGCUGCGGCAGAAACAGAGGCUGUUCGUCUUCAAACAGAGCUGGAUGAAGCCCUCCGCACUCUAUCAAAAUGGGAGGCUAAGUUUGCACAUGUUCGUAAAUUGCUGGAUGAAGAAAAACGGGAGAGAAAUAUUGUUUUAAAGAAAUAUAAUGAAUUGAGCAAGCUAUUAGACAUGGCUCGGGAUCUUCUUUUCAAUGACAACAGAGCGAAACUUAAUGAUGAAACCCUCCAGAAGCUGGCCUUCCUCAACGGUACUGCUCAGCAGGAUCAUAAUGCUAAGAUUAAUGGUAUUCCGGAACUGAACUCUACUGGUACACUUCUAUCGGAGAUGUCAUAUUCACGUUCAGAAGACGACUUGGAUCUCUCACUGGCGUCCACUCGCCGCUCGUGGGUGCAACGCGGCGGCUGGAACGUGCGAGAGAACCCGCCGGCAAAUAAGAAGAGACGCUCUUCUACCAACUCUUCUGCUACUAAAACGGUGGAGCUACAAGGUGGCAAAGUGCUUGCAACAGCAACAACGACAUUGACCCUGGAACGAGCCCCAACUGCACAUGAUCUGAAGCCACCGCAGAACUUUCAACCUAUAUCGGAGAGCAGUGACGAAGCGCCCACACCGAGUCGCAAAUCGGCGGCUCGUCUUUCUGAAAAAAUAAUCAAAAACCAGGACUUUACACCUUCUGCACCACCUAAAACUGACACGGAGAGCGCGUCGGAGGCGGGAGCGGCGGGAGCGGCGGGAGCGCGCGCGCAGCGCACGCCGUCGGUGCUGUCGGCCGGGUUCGGCUCGCCGCGCGUGCGAGCGAGACAGCACAACUUCAUCGCCAAGAACUUCUACAAGCGCGAGACGUGCGGCCCCUGCGGGAAGACCAUAAAGUUCGCGAAGGUGGGCGUGAAGUGCGAGCACUGCCGUGCGCAGGCGCACCCCGAGUGCCGCGCGCUGCUGCCGCUGCCCUGCGUGCCGCCCGGCCGCGCGCUGCACAACCAGGAGGGCAGCAUAUCGGACUUCGCGCCGUCCAGCCCGCCCAUGGUGCCGGCGCUGCUGGUGCACUGCAUCAACGAGAUCGAGAAGCGCGGGCUGGCCGAGCGCGGCAUCUACCGCGUCAGCGCGCUCGACAAGGAUGUCAAGCGGUUGAAGGAGCGGUUCCUGCGCGGGUGCGGGUCGCCGCAGCUGGCGGGCGAGGACAUCCACGUGGUGUGCGGCUGCGUGAAGGACUUCCUGCGCGGGCUGCGCGAGCCGCUCGUGUCCAGCGCGCUGUGGGCCGACUUCCUCGCGGCGGCCGGCAGCAGCGACGUCACCGCCGCCGUCGUGCAGGCCGUCAGCCAGCUGCCGCAGCCCAACCGCGACACGCUGGCCUUCCUGGCGCUGCACCUGCAGAGGGUGGCAGAGAGUCCAGAGUGUGAGAUGGGAGUGGAGAACCUGGCCAAGGUGUUCGCACCCACAGUAGUGGGAUACGGGAUGAUGACGCAACCCGCCGAAAUGUACUCCGCCACUGUGCAUAUGUUCAAUGUGAUGCAAGUGCUGCUGAGCCUGCCGGGCGACUACUGGUCGCAGUGGGCGUGCCCCGCGCCGGCGUCGCCGCCCGCCGCCGCCGCCGCGCUGCACAAGCCCCGCGGCUACUUCUUCUCGCCGGCCGACAACGCAGUGCCGAGGAAGAAGAAAAAUUAUUUCCAAUGAGGUGGCAAAUUUAGUGCAUAGUACCUAAAUAGAUUUCGUUUUAAGUUGGUUCGUGUAAGGGAACAAAUUAUGUUUAAUUUUGUUAAGUAAGUAACUACUUAAGUUUUUGUGUUAGGUGAGGGUAUUUAUGUAAGCCAUUAAAAGUUGUUAGUGUUACCCUUUAAAAUAAAAAAAAAUGUUGCCUUAUAAUUAAUUUGUGAAAACAAAUUAAAUAGAGUAUUGCAAAAAGUUUAAUAGAUAAUAUAUGUAUACUGUAAAGAUGAGCGUACGUGUCUUUUUGUUUAAUUUAAUAUUUCUUUAAUAUAUUUUUGUAUUUAAAUCAUAAAAAUAAUAUCUAGAUUAGUUAUGAUAAAUAAUACAAAUAAAACAAAUCUUGGAUUCUAAUGUAGUAUAUAGUAUUAGUACGUUAGUAGUAUAUACUAGUAAGUAUGUUCGUCAGAUCAAGAAGUGCUGAUUCGAUUUUGAUGAUAUUUACAAUACUACAAAAUUACUCAAAUGUUGAAUCUUCGGAAAUGAAUAUAACCCAUCUCAGAAUAAUUUCAAUGAAUAUUAAAAUUAGCAAAUUAUUGCAUUUUGUUUAGAUCUUAUUUAGAUAGGAUUUGACAAAAUUCUAGAUGUAUGUGGAAUUUAUCAUUCUUGAUCAUACUGGUCUUCUAAACGAUUGUUAUUUUUUUAUAUUAUAAUAGUUUUAGUUUUCCGUUGUGACGUCAAUCAGCCGCCUACGGUGGUCUAACAGGCCUCUAUAGAUAUAUUUUUAGAAUAAUAGCACUUACAUGUAUAGAAAUAAAUCUCAAAUUUGUAUCUGAGAUACUGUUUUCUAUCUUUAGCAAUAUAGAAAGCCGUUUGAAAUGAAAUUGAUACAGAAACUCAAAAUGAUUAUUUUUUUUUUGUGACUAUUAGAUUAAUUAGGUGACCUAAGGUCUCUCCAUUACUAUAUAUAAGAGUGUUUGGUUUGAGUCGAGAAAAAACAUGUUUUCUUCAUUAUUUUUUUUUGUUGCUGGAAGUGCUUUACAUCUUAUAGGAAUCCUAUAUUACUGUAUAUUAUGGUAAAUAAUCAUUUAACUAUUUUGUUACACUUUUGUAUUUAGUUUAUAAGAUAAAUUAAGUUAUUCGAGAUUAAUGUCUUUGAAAAUGUUAUAUGGUAUUAAAUCUCGAAAGUAACUGGUACUAAUAAGUUCUUUUUUUCUGGCUCUUUAAGUUCUAAAUCAUUAUGUUUAAAAUUAUUUUGCUUAUGGAUAAAGGGCGAUUGUUAUAUUGAAAAAACUAGUGUCUCGGGACGCCCGAUAGAAGUGUUAGAUAGUAAACUGAGAGGAGAGGAGACUGCCUACUGCAGACGUAUGCGUGAGAGGAAGGGAAGGAAGACAAUCGGUCGUAACGCGUUACGUAACGAAGUGGUAGACACUCCAAUGAGAAGCUAUCUCUUCAAAAUAAUGUAUAGUCGAAAUCACAGAAGUAAGCAAAAUGAAUUAAACGCUAGGGAUAAAAGACCUAUUUCUUUGUAUUACAUGUAGUUUUAUUUUUACGUCAUUACGGCUAGUCAAUGACUUGUAUUAUAACUUCACUAACAUUGUUUUCUUCAGUUUGACUAUAAAUAAAAUCAUGUAAAAACU